AUGGGCAUUAUGCUUAACACACUGUUAGAGACACAACAUAGUGGGCCACAAACUUCUUUAAAUCCUGUGGUAAACUAUGGUCAAGGAGGAACACCUAUGAUGGGUAGUGACCCAAACAAGGUCUUAGCUUGUUAUAACCUUGGGUCAGGCCCACUUGGUAUAAAUUUGGGAAGUCAGAACUGCAGCCCACAACAGAGGGUAGGCGUCAAAUCACCCAUUGCUCAAUUGGGUGAAAUUGAACCACCACAAAACGCUAUAGAGGGUCAAGGAAAUAGGAAGUGUAGGAAGAAGAAGAAAAAGAAGAAGUGUAACAAGAAGGGUAAGUUAAACAAGGGUAUAGUGCAUCUAGAGGAGGAAUUGGUAAAGCCUUUCUCACUGAAGGAAAUUAGAGAUGAAAUUUGGAGUUGUGAGGGAAAUAAGAGCCUGGGGCCGGAUGGCUGCCCUCAACAUCUCAAUGAAUUUUGGCAUGUUUCUCUCAUUGGGUGUAUGUAUAAAUGCAUUGCAAAAUGCCUAUCCAUUAGGCUAGAAGAUGUAAUUGCUAAAUUAGUGUCUGAUAAUCAAUCGACUUUUGUGGGUGGGAGGAAUAUGCUAGAUGGAGUGGUGGUAGCCAAUGAAACGAUUGAUUUUGUCAAAAACGAAAGAAAUCCUUGCCUUGUAUUUAAAGUAGAUUUCGAAAAGGCAUAUGACUCAGUCAAUUGGGGUUUUUUAGAUUACAUGUUAGGUAGAUUUGGGUUUUAUGAAAAGUGGAGAAGUUGGAUAAGAGGGUGCCUCCAUUCUUCUAAGGUCUCGAUUUUGGUUAAUGGUAGUCCAUCCCUUGAAUUCCCAAUGGGUAAAGGGUUGCAUCAAGGAGACCCACUUGCAUCCAUUCUUUUUAUUCUUAUGGUCGAGGGAUUUGGUGCUCUAAUGAAAAGUGCUUCAUUCAAAGGCUUCCUUAAAAGAAUUGAUGUGGUAGGGAUAUGA